AGUGUGCUGACGUAGGAUCGGAAUGAGGGAGUGAGUGUUCCGGGUCAGAAACUGGACGGGAGAGGAAAUUAACUCCGGGACGAGACGAAACAAAACGAGAAUGCAAACCCAGUUCUUCUCGGGGAUGUAGCCUGCGUCUCUUCCGCUGAAAAGACGGGUUAAAGACGGGUCGAGGUUUUACGCGCGACACGGGACGAGGUGGAGAGAAAACAGGUGCCUACAAACUCACCAAAGUGAGGCGACGACGGAGGAGAUUUUGCAUGUUCGUCGAGACCGAAGACGAAAACGAGACUCACGUCCAGCUGGAGUUUCGGUGUUUACUUGCAGGAGAGUUUCGCCUCUCGUGCGCUUGACGGUAAAUUCAGUUCAAAGCAAUCUGUUGCAUCUCCCUCCUCCCGGCAGUUUGUUUAUCACACGGGCAUACGAGAUUUAUUCCCACCUCCCCCGUGAUGUUUCACUGCAUCCCCCUGUGGCGGUGCAACCGUCAUGUGGAGAUGAUCGAUAAACGCCACUGCUCCCUGCUGUUCGUGCCCGAUGAGAUCUACCGCUACGGACGGAGUUUGGAGGAGCUGCUGCUGGAUGCAAACCAACUCCGAGACUUGCCCAAGCCAUUCUUCCAGCUGGUGAAACUAAGAAAACUUGGUCUAAGUGACAAUGAGAUCCAGAGACUUCCUCCAGAAAUAGCCAACUUCAUGCAGCUGGUAGAACUGGACGUCUCACGAAAUGAUAUCAUGGAAAUUCCAGAAAGCAUUUCAUACUGCAAAGCCCUCCAAGUGGCAGAUUUCAGUGGAAAUCCAUUAACAAGGUUACCUGAAAGCUUUCCAGAGCUACGAAAUCUCACAUGCCUUUCCAUCAAUGAUAUUUCAUUACAAGUUCUUCCAGAUAACAUUGGAAACCUCUCCAAUUUGAUUUCACUAGAACUUCGAGAAAAUCUGCUCACAUUCCUACCAGAGUCACUAUCCUGCCUUCACAGACUUGAAGAACUCGACUUAGGGAAUAAUGAACUGUACAGUUUGCCCGAGUCAAUAGGCUCUCUUGUCAGCUUGAAGGACCUGUGGCUGGAUGGAAACCAGUUGGCCGAAGUACCUGCAGAGAUGGGCACUAUGAGAAGCAUGCUCUGUCUGGACGUAUCAGAAAACAAAAUAGAGAGACUCCCAGAGGAGCUAGGGGGCCUGGUGAUGCUAACGGACCUGCUGGUCUCCCAGAACUUAAUUGAUGCUCUGCCAGAAAGCAUCGGAAAACUACGGAAACUUUCAAUAUUGAAAGCCGAUCAGAAUAGACUAACUUAUCUUCCAGAGAGCAUCGGCCACUGUGAAAGCCUCACCGAGCUUGUGCUAACAGAGAACCAGCUACAGAGUUUGCCGAGGAGUGUUGGGAAAUUAAAGCGACUUUCCAACUUCAACUGUGACAGGAAUCAGCUAUCGUUUCUACCUAAGGAGAUCGGGGGCUGCAGCGGGCUGAAUGUCUUCUGUGUACGAGAGAACAGACUGACGAGGAUACCGGCAGAGCUGUCACAAGCCACAGAGCUGCAUGUGCUCGAUGUGUCCGGAAACAGGCUCGUCCACCUACCCAUGUCUCUGACCACGCUGCGGCUGAAGGCCUUAUGGUUGUCAGAAAACCAGUCGCAACCACUCCUCACCUUUCAAACUGACGAGGAUCCGGACACGGGGGAGAAGGUGCUGACCUGUGUGCUGCUGCCUCAGCAGCCCUAUGACACUGACAACAAAGGCUCUGAUAAUCUUGCCCGCUGUGGAGCUCUGGAGAGUCUGGCGAAUGACAUGUCAGAAGAUACGUGGGACAACAAAGCCAUGAACCGGAUCAGUGCCAUUCACUUUCUGGAUGAUGACGAGGAGGAGGAUGAUGACAAGGGAACUCUACUCCGACGGGCCACGCCUCACCCCGGCGAGCUGAAGACGAUGAAGAAAGCAGCCGAGAACCUCCGCAAUGACCUGAACGCUGCCAAAGGCCUGGACUCCAACAAAAAUGAGGUCAAUAACGCUGCAGACAGAGUGACCACGUCUGUGUGACCUUUUACCUCAGAAAUGUUUUUUACCUCCUGUGUCUGGCCGUGUCGUCCUGCACAACCCCCCCCCCCUGCAGCCCGCCCCCCUUUUUUCUCUUACCUAUGACCCCCGGUGUGGCCUACCCUCCCUCUGAUUAAACCCUGGGAUGCCUGUAAUCGUGCUCCAUCUCCAGUCCUGAGAGCGUGUUUGACUUGGUGUAUCGGGGCCGCCGUGCCUUCCUCUUUUUGAAUUCAUGUCCGCUGCAAUGAUCUGCACAGAGACGCUCCUUUUUAAAGAAAUUUUAAAGAUUGAUUACUUUUUUUAAAUGCCUCUUUUUAAAAAUAUACUUUAGAUAGUUGCACUAUCAUAAGUCUUUAUAAUGUGGUCAAACCUUCAUAAAUGUAUUAUAUAUAUUGUUCUAUAUCUAUUUUUAAAACACUGGGUGAAUACUUCUUUUUACAUUUUGGGCAAACAUAAAGGCAGGAGUUUUUGGACCUACUGAUUAAGGAUUAUUGUAUAGUCUUCUUGUGAAUAUCAAUACUUUUAUACUUUUUGGCAGCUCAGAUGUAAAUAAAAAUGUAUAGCAAAUUUCUUAAUCAGUUGCAGAUUUUUAACUUUUUUUUUAAACCUUGGUACCUUUUUCUUUUUCUUUUUUUUUAUCAUCAAAGUAACGAACAAAACAGUCACUAAUGUCUUAUCAUCCAUAUAAACCAGAGUUUUCAUUCGGGGAGUGAAUGGCCUUGAAACCUGUCAAACAUCUUGAGCUGUUUUUGGAAAAGAAAGACUUUUGAUUAUUGAAUUAAAUUAAAUUUUAAGUACUGCACAUCAAACUUUAAUUACACUGAAGUAAUGAUGCUGUCUUAUUUAUAUGUGCUGUGCUUCACUGCUUUGCUAUAUCUUCAAAUAAAUGCCAAAAACAGCUUUUUUUUUUUUUUAAACGAGUUUUCUCCCUUAUACAAAGAGUACUGUUAAAAUGAUAAUGGGUGGUUUGGUGUAAAUGGGGCUCGUACCACAAAGACGGCAUCCUUUUAAAAUGCAGUUUUUCAGAAGUUCCACUUUAAUGCACUUGUUGGCGUAUCUUAAAUUCUUUAAGUGGUACAUGAUAAACUGUGUUCUUCUGUUUUUAAAGAGUGGACCAGAGUGAUUGGUUCAACUGUUUGUUUUAAUGUUUUUAAUUAUUUUCUGAUCAAGCUGCACAGAACAGAUCUCAAAGAGGCACUGCGCCUCGAGACCUGGAUGACUUUUAACCACUGAUCAAUAAAAAGAGUGCAACACUAAA